GUCUCUCUUCUUCAGCAGGCAAAAAAAAAGAGGAAAAAACCCCCAGCUCGCUUGCCUGUUAUUUUGGAAGCUGCCAGAGAGCAGAGAAGGAGCAUUGUAUGUACGUCCUAGAAGCAACUAAAGGACCUCGGGCAGGAGACAGAGACCGGGGCCUACAGAAAAUGACGGAAUACAAACUUGUCGUGGUUGGAGCUGGUGGCGUAGGCAAAAGUGCACUGACGAUACAGCUUAUACAGAACCAUUUUGUAGAUGAAUAUGAUCCUACAAUAGAGGAUUCCUACAGGAAACAAGUAGUAAUCGAUGGCGAAACCUGUCUCUUGGACAUUUUGGAUACAGCCGGCCAAGAAGAGUACAGUGCGAUGCGGGACCAGUAUAUGAGGACGGGCGAGGGUUUUUUAUGCGUAUUUGCUAUAAAUAACACAAAGUCUUUUGAAGACAUCCAUCAUUAUAGGGAACAGAUAAAAAGAGUGAAAGAUUCAGAAGACGUCCCUAUGGUGCUAGUAGGAAACAAAUGUGACUUGCCUUCCAGGACUGUAGAUACAAAACAAGCUCAGGACUUAGCAAGGAGUUACGGAAUACCUUUCAUCGAAACCUCGGCAAAAACGAGACAGAGAGUGGAGGAUGCUUUUUAUACAUUGGUGCGAGAGAUCCGUCAAUACAGAUUGAGAAAAAUCAACACAGAAGAAAAGACUCCUGGGUGCGUGAAAAUUAAAAAAUGCCUUUUAAUGGGUGUCGACGAUGCCUUCUACACAUUAGUUCGGGAAAUCCGAAAGCACAAAGAGAAGAUGAGCAAAGAUGGCAAAAAGAAGAAAAAGAAGUCAAAGACAAAGUGUAUAAUUCUGUAAAUGCAAUUUAUCCUUUACCCUUAAGGGUAUGCAUUGGUAAACAUGAUUCAUUUUUGUACCAUUACACUAAAUUAUUUGCACCCACCUUUUUAGCAUUACGUUAAAACUUCCUUUCUCCUUGCUGAACCUGCCAGCCUUUUUUGCCCUCUGGAUGCUUGCUUAGAAACAACAGUGGAAACCAUUUCCCUUAAAUGCCAGUAAUCCUUGAGUGUUGGUCCUUGAAACUAGCAAUGCCUGUGAAAAACAUAGUAACGUAUCUAAAAUAUAUUCUUUUUUUCCCCUUGAAGGAUAUUCUGGUGCAUGCAAAACUUGCUAAUGUCUUAUCCUCCGUUUCUGGGUCUCUUUUUUGCAGGACCAGCCCACCUGCUUUAAUAUGCUGUUUAGGUAGGGUUCUCCUCCUAAAGUCAGGUAGAGAGAAAUAAUUAUUCUUCAACUGUAUCAGCAGAUAAGAUUGCUUCGCCUCUUUUUAAAAUAGCUCCAUGCCUAAGUAAGGAACAGAUAGGAUGAAUGGUGAUUUUCAAUCUGAUUCUUUUAAUCAGUGCAAAGGGAAAUCCAUCCCAUGUUCAAGGUAUGCUUGAAUUAUAAUUCAGGUGGAACAGGAAGAUAUCCCACUGAAUUUGGAUAGUUCUGGGUCCUGUUUAGGGUAACAUCCCAUUUAGGGUCAUCCCAUCAGUUCAGUGGCAUUUGCAAAUGUUGAAUCACCAUUCACCCAUGAUCUGUGGGUUGAUUCAAGUUGUAACUUAUCAAUAGGUUCAGACUGCCGUUAAAUGUAGUAUGUAGAUAUGUAAAGAUUAGUCCAGUGGUUCUCAACCUGUGGGUCUCCAGGUGUUUUGGCCUACAACUCCCAGAAAUCCCAGCCAGUUUACCAGCUGUUAGGAUUUCUGGGAGCUGGAAGGCCAAAACAUCUGGGGACCCACAGAUUGAGAACUACUGCAUUAGUAUCUUCUCGGGGCAUCCUAAGACUGAGCAUGAGGAGAGAUAGUGGUUGAAGGAAGGCCCGUUUUCAGAGAGCCAGAUAGCAACAGAAUGGGCCAAGAUGGUCGAUUAUAAACAUAGGUGAGAACCUUUCGACGAUGAUGGUAGACUUUUCCUCUUUGGACUUCAAUUCCUAAGAAUCCUCCCACUAGCAUAUCUCUGGUCACGAGAGUUUUAGUCCAACAGAUACAAAAUGCAAACAUCACAAGCUACCACGUUGCCUACAACUGACACCAAACCUUUGUAUAACAUUAGCAUCACCAGCUCAGUUUCUGCUUACUGUGUUCAUGAUAUAAUGUCUUGGUUGCAGACAUCCUUUUUAAAAAAGUUAAGUUCUGUAAUAUGGAUGACAAAGCCUUUUUAGCCUUCAUAGAAUCAUAGAUAAUUUCCAUUUGUAGAUAACUUUUCUUGUAGCAAUUGCCUGAAUGUAAAUACAUAUAUAUUGUAGAAUUCUCACAAAGAUGUUUUUCCCACUGCCGUUGGUCACGGCUAUUUUUUCUAUUAAAAAUGAAAAAGUUUUUUAAAAAACAAGAGUAGAAUUUGUAAUUGGGUUGGUGUCCUGCAAUUAACUUCUUACCACUACACAAAAAACGACUGACUGUUUCUAAAGGGGGUUUGGCAUUAAGGAUCAUCUAGUUAGGAAGAAGUCUUUUCUAUAGAAACAAAUACAAGAAGGUCUGUUUGUUUCAAUAUAAGAGAAGCCUAGUGAAUUCUGGCAUUUGGCUUCUCUUCAUGUAGUCUUAAUACAAAAUGAGCCCAGUAUCUUUGGGGAAUAUUUUCCUGAUACUGUGGAUCAUAGCGAACCCUAUUGAAAUGAAUGGCUUCCAUUGGAUUUAGCACAUUCUUGCAGAUGUAUCCUCUUUGAAUGUUUGCUAGGUACUCCAUUGUGUCUGUGGCAUCCUUCAAUGGAAGUCCAAUGAAAGCAUACCAUAGAAUUGCCCGGAGAAUCUUAAAAAAUCUUAGAGGAGGCAUAUUGUAUCAGUUGUAGGUAGCUGAAACCAGGGGUAUUAAAGCUGUACCCUAUUUCACAAAGGUUUAUUUCUGUACAAUGGAAUACUCCUAGCCUGUUUUCUUAUAUAAAGAGCACAGCUCUGCCACUUAAUAUAUUUUAAUGUCCAUUUUAUCCCAAGAAGAGAGGCCUUUAAUAGCUUAAUGAUGCUUGUGGGGAAAGAGAAUACCUUAUGUGUAUGCUUGUACAUUCCAGGAAGAGAUUUUUCACCCUUGCAGACAUUCAGCCGCUUAGUACAGGCUCUUUCUGAACUGUGAAAAGUUGCUAGGGAUGUGGAGGGGAAACUUGUUGAUAUUAUCACACUAGCAUUUGCACCAUGUUUGGGGAGAGAAGAUGCAUAAAAUAGACUGGUUCUAAGCAACCCAUUUCUCCUCUAACUCCUUCUGUUCUACAGACGUUGUAUCAAAACCCAUCAGAAAAUCUAGAAUUCCUAGUCUUCCAGGCAGUGAUCAUCUGUGUGGCAUGGAGGAUUUAGGAAUUUGUAGCUCCAAAAGUAAAUUUCCCUUGUUUACUUAUGGAAUGCACAUUUAUUUUGGGAGAGUGGAGGCCAACAGACCAUGUAACUUUGAUACACCUCGCAAAGAAAACUGUAAAGGUUUGCUGUGCAUGCAAAUCACCAUUCUUCCUAGUACUGAAAAUUGUUAUUUCUGUAAUUAUUAGGAGGGAUACAUUUUGGCUGAGGCAUUAAUCUCACCCAUUUUUAAUGUGCUGUGGUUACCAUGACCAAUACACCUCACUUUUAUGUGGUGAGCAUUUCUUUUAAAGGCGGACCUUCUUUGUGUGUUACAUCCCAGACCUAUUGCAAAAUCUUUCAAAAUGUGGCGUAUCAGGAUAUUGCACAAUAGGAUGCACAAUUGUACAAUUGUUAAAAUGUGUACAAGAAUGGGCCUUCCCUCUGGUCUCACAUAACCUUUCCAGCUGUCAUAAGGACAUCAAGCACGCUGGAGAUCUGAUCAAUGUAUGAGACUGUGUCAAUAAUACCAGGAAUUCUAGUACCGCUAUAGGAGAAAGCUGUCCUCCUUAUUGGUGCAAACAAAAGAACAGCCUGCUCUUUCUUAGGUUUGAUAUCGUCUUGGAAUAUUAAUGCUCCAGUGAUCUCUUCCAGCUCUGUGAGUCCUAGAUACAUUACUUAUAUCCCAUUAUAUUAUGGAAUGUUAUCAUUUUCACCAGCCUAGUUUAAACUUUGAAGCAGUGGUUCCCAACCUUUGGGCCUCCAGGUGUUUUAGACUUCAGCUCCCACACUUCCUAAAAGCUGGUAAGCUGGCUGGGAUUUCUGGAAGUUGAAGUCCAAAACACCUGGAGGCCCAAAGGUUAGGAACCAUUGCUUUAAAGGAACUAUCCAAAAUACUCCAUCCAUUUGGAAGCAUUAAAAUGAGUUCAGGCUAAAAUUCUCUUCAGUUACAUGGAAAUUGUCACCUGGCUGAUGCUACUUAACUCAGAUCUUUGAUCCAAGGCAGAAUAUGUAAACACUCCAAUUAAACACAGAUCCCACCAUUUUCCAUGUAGCUUUGGGAAUGUCUUAAGAAGAUCUUCUAAUUUCAUACUUUUUUUAAAAAAAAAGUUGAAAAUACACUGUGCAUUGUAAGGGCCCUUGAGUCGGAUCAUGAUCCAAAAUAUAAAAGAAGCUCUGAACAUUUGAAGGCACACAACAAUAACAAACAUUGUAAUAAAUUGCAAAGAUUGGUUGGUCAGUCUCGUCUCCUGUUUCACAUUUGGAGCGGUAUUAUAGAGAAACACCUAUCACCACUAAAAGAUGUUUUUAAUCAUGAGGUAUUCGUUGAGUAGGAUUUGUGUGAAGAGCAUGUGCAUAGAACCUACUACGAAAGGAUAAAUUCACAAAGCACAGAGGUGAAAUGUUUUCCCCUUUACUUCGCCUUGUAGAAAUCUCUACCAAAAUGUGCCGUCUCAGUGUUGGAUGGAUAGACUGCACCUUUAUGCUGUCCUUUCUUUUCUUAAAUCUGCUUCAUGGUUUAAUUCCACUGUUGUCCUUACGUUAAAGUAACCUUUUUACACAUACCCCUGCCCCCCUUUUGAGUGCCAAAUCUCUUACUAAGACUAUUUCUUAAAAUGCAUUGUGUUUACCUAGAAUGUAUUUUAACUAUUUUUGUAUAAUAUAAACUAAACAUACAUGUUUUGUACAUUGUGUUAUUUGUUCGUUAUUUUUUAAGGCAAAACAAAUGCAAAUGUGAUCCAGGUGACUCUCAAUAAUUUUUGUUUGCCCUCGUUUUAUUUCGGUCGUGUUCCCACAGAAUGUUGGGUCACAGACAUUAACACCCGGCGAAUGAGCACUGUUCCUUGAAACCUUUACAAACGUUUUAUUAGCAGCAUGUGCUGUCAAGUGAUAAGAACACUGUACGUCACAAACAGUACGACUCCUGUUGUAAUUAAUAAUGAUAAUAAAAACAUUCUGUGUU